UUAGAAGUAAACUUCAGCAUAGAUAGGGAAGGCGAGCAUCAAAUAGAUUGCUACCAGAUAUUUGGUUCGGGAAUCUGCCCUAUAUGCGCCAAAAAGCAUUGGUAUCUGAAAGGCAAAUGGUGGAUUGAUAGUCAAGGAAAUAAAAAAUAUUAUUUGAUUUGCGAUAAUAUCAAAGAGCCGGGAAUCCCAGUUGAUGAGGCAUUAGGAGUGUAUUCAGAGAACACUGUCCUAAAUCAGCCCAUUCCUUGGAGUUAUGCUCUUAGGUUCCUAGAUAAAAGUAUAGCAGUAGAGGCGUGA